AUGAAGAAAUUAAAAUCUGAGGAAAGUGAGAAAAAGAAACAUCGAAAGCGAAAAACUGGUUUUGGUGAGCGGCCGAUGUCAAGAGCUGUUCACGAUGAAAAAAGGGAAAGAGUUGAAAAAGAGGGAAAACAGAAAUCUCAAAUUGGUUUGAAUGGAAAAGCAGAAUUUGGAAGCACAAGGCAACUGAAAAUUUCAUUGUCAGAGUCAAUGAACAGAGUGGAGAAGACAAGAUAUCGAAGUCGUUCGCCUUCGCAUCAUAAGUACUACCGUGGUCAUGAUCGGUAG